AUGCAUACCUGCUUUCCGCUCGACUCAGAGUCAUUUGACCAGCGAGAUCGCGUUACGGUUGUAGCAGUGACCCGUGCCUGCGGUCUCCUCCUGUCCCCUGGUUGCGUCACGCGCGCUCCAGCGGACAAACUGGCAUCCUUUGAUGUCAAUGGAAACGACGAGAAUCCACACCCGCGCUACGUUGAGCGCGACUACCGCAACACAAAGUAA